AUUCUCUUAGAAAAUCAAAGCCUUAACUUCUUCUUCUUCGCUUUUCGUUCUCUGAUUCCGAUCUGAAGAGAGAUGGCUCGUACCAAGCAGACUGCUCGCAAGUCCACCGGAGGAAAGGCUCCAAGGAAGCAGCUUGCCACUAAGGCUACAAGGAAAUUUGCACACACAACUGGUGGAGUGAAGAAGCCCCAUCGUUAUCGUCUCGGUACUGUUGCUCUUCAUGAAAUCCAUAAGUACCAAAAGAGUACUGAGCUUUUGAUCCACAAGUUGCCCUUCCAACAUCUUGUUCAUGAAAUCGCACAAGACUUCAAGGUGGAUUUGAGGUUCCAAAGCCAUGCUGUUCUCGCUCUUCAAGAGGUUGUAAAGGCUUACCUUGUGGGUCUUUUUGAGGACACCAACCUACACACUUAA